AUGCAGUCAGCUUAUGUUCCUGGCAGGCUUAUAUCUGAAAAUAUUUGUUUAGUUCAGGAAAUAGUGCAAGCUAUGAAGAAAAAAGAUGAUAAAUUCAGGCAACUUAUCUCUCAGUGUAUUUCUACCACACAGAUAGAAGUCAUGUUGAAUGGUUCUCAUAUAACGGCGUUUAAACCAACUCGUGGAAUUAGACAGGGUGAUCCUCUAUCACCCUAUGUUUUUAUCCUAGCUAUGGAUUCUUUCUCUAGGUUUUUAGCACACUGUGAAGCAACGGGGAAAAUAACAGGACAGCUGCUAAACUUCAAUAAAUCAGCCGUGUACUUCAGUUCUAAUCUUCUACCUGAAGACUGUCAAACCAUCGGUGGAGCUCUUCAAGUUAGAUAUUUAAACAUCUCAGAUGAAAAGUACCUUGGUCUUUCUUUUUUUGUAGGCAGGAAGAAGCGAAUUCGUUUCUCCAUACUCUGUGACAAGAUGGAUAAUAAAUUUGCAAGGUGGAAUGGUGAAAAUAUGUCUGAGGUAGCAAGAUCAUUUAUGAUCAAGAAUGUUUCCAAUGCAAUACCGAUUCAUCACAUGACCAGUUUCAGUUUACCAGAUGCCACUAUUAAAUAG